AUGGCAUCUUCAGACGUCUCCAGCGUGUCCAGCGAGUCCGGUGUCUCCGGCAUCUCGACAAGAUCCAGCUCUAAAUUCGACGACGCCGAAGCGGGGGUGCGGCCGCUGCAAGCAGCGGCUUCGCACGGGUCGCAGCUGUCGCUCGAUACCCAGGCUUCGCUCGAGCACCAGUUCGAGCACAACUUCGAUCUUGACGAUGCGGUGCGGAUGUCGUCCUACCGGCCACACAGCUCAGUGCUGGCGAACGGGCCGCCAGGCGACUCGAGGGCGGUCGAGGAUCUUCCCAAGAUCAAUAAGGUUUUCACAGACGCAACCACGGGUGAGCUGAGCCUGCCGCCGGACGGAGGUUACGGGUGGGUGUGCUGUCUGUGUGUUACGCUUGUGAUGUUCUCAACCUGGGGGUCCAAUUGCGCUUUCGGCGUGUUUCUCGCCUACUAUCUCAACAACAAUGUGUUUGCCGGAGCUUCCAAAUACGACUACGCUUUGAUCGCUGGCAUCACCGUCUGUCUGGGCCAAGGUCUGCCGCCUUUCGUGAUUAUAUGCAUGCAGAUAUUCGGGUUCAAGGCGCCAAUGUUGCUGGGAACCGUGUUCCUGCUGCUGGGCUUUAUUCUGGCAUCCUUUUCCACCAAGCUGUGGCAACUGUAUCUAACCCAGGGCGUUCUGGUCGGCAUGGGAAUGUCAUUUGUGUAUGCUCCUGCUACCACGGUUUUGCCCGGCUGGUUUCUACGCAAAAGAUCCUUCGCAUUGGGCAUAUCGCUCAUCGGGACUGGUGCAGGCGGUGUGACCUAUUCGCUUGCCGUUGGUCAACUGAUCCAGGAAACCAAAGAUCAGAGAUGGGCAUUGCGCAUGCUCGGCAUCGCCUGUACUUUGACCUGUCUGGUAGCCAUCGCAGUGAUCCGCCAGCGUGUAAAACUCGAGCCCAUUGGACUCAAAGACCCGUCGCUGGUGAAGGAAAAGUUCAUAAACAUGUUUUCGCCUCGCAUACCUCGCAUGAUGGCCGUCAACCUGAUAGCCGCUUGGUUUUUGUUUGCAUUGUUCGGUUAUAACCUGAUGAUCUUCACUAUCUCACCUUACGCUAUAGCCAAAGGCUUAACAACGCAUCAAAGUUCUUCUUUAUCCGCAAUUCUAAAUGGAGCCCAGAGUGUUGGAAGACCACUUAUGGGUUUGAUGGGUGACAAAGUUGGUCGCACCAAUACGGCAACGUUAUUAACUUUGCUCAACAUGAUACUUCUUUUUGGAUUCUGGUUUCCAGCCCACACUUAUGUGCAAUUGAUCGUUUUUUCGAUUUGUCUGGGACUAUGCAUGGGCGUUGCCAAUGUCAUGAGCACAGUUCUGGUGGCAGAUUUGGUCGACGCUUCGGACUUCCUGCCGUCCUGGGCCUAUAUCAAUAGCGUGGGAUCUCCGUUAUUGUUACUGCCAGAAGUGAUCGCUCAACUAUUAACAGAUGAAUCCCACCCAAGUAAUCCAUACGUUCAUACUCAGAUAUUUGCCGGUAUGUGUUUUGUCGGAGCACUGUUGCUGGUCCUGGCAUUGAGAGAGUACGCUGUCAAAAAAGCUAUAAAUGAGCGGUUAAGUCGAAAGUCUCAACAGAUCAAGAAACUCGAGCUUUCGGCGCCUGAGGUAGAAGAAUUAGAAGAGGGCAAGGAUCUGCUGCGGCAGGAAUCCAAAUACCGCAACCUCCUCGGAGGCGGGCCGUGCAAGUAUGUUGUUAGAGUGCUUUACCCCAUGAACGUGUGA